UGCCACACUCCAGUCCCGCCAGCCCCCAGCCAGACUCCGGGGCCAGCAUGCAGGGUGAGGAGAGCUGCCAGAUCCUGGCGGGGACUGAAGGGGACAGCUUCCCACUGAUGGAGAUCAACACUGGUGAGACCGAGGCCUCUGAGCAGUGGGAUUACGUCCUUGUGGCUGACCACCGCACCCAGAGAAAUACCAGGCAGGCCCAGCAGCAGCAGCAGUUCCUGGAAGAGCUCAAGAGAAAGGGCUUCCAUUACAAGAUGAUAGAGGGCCACAAGAAGGUGUUCUUUGGGAUCCGAGUGGACAGCAGGAUCUUUGGCCUGUAUUGCAAACUCCUCAUGGAGCCUGAGGGUCCUGCCACCAGAGUGCAGCCUGCCAGGCCACCCUCCGUCCCAGCCACCACCAGAAUCCGAAUUGUCAACUUUGUACUAAACAGCAAGACGGCAGCUGGUGACACAUUAGAGGAUUUGGUGAAGAGUGGGGUCUUUGAGACCAGAUUCGCCCUGCACAAGGGGGAGGAAGACCUAAAGAAGAAAUGGGCCCGGUGGAGAAACAUGUUCCACCCCCAGCCGAUUGAUGAUAUCAGGGACUACUUUGGCGAGAAGGUGGCCCUGUACUUCGCCUGGCUCGGCUGGUACACCUACAUGCUGGUGCCCGCUGCAGUGGUGGGCCUCAUCAUCUUCCUGAGCGGCUUCUCCCUGUUCAAUGCCAGCCAGAUCAGCAAGGAGAUCUGUGAGGCCCACGACAUCCUCCUGUGCCCUCGCGGCGACCACAGCCGUCGGUACCAGCAGCUCUCGGACACCUGCACCUUUGCCAAGCUCACGCACCUCUUCGACAACGAGGGCACCGUGCUCUUUGCUAUCUUCAUGGCUCUGUGGGCCACUGUGUUCCUGGAGAUCUGGAAGCGGCAGCGGGCCCGUGUGGUCCUGCACUGGGAUCUGUACAUGUGGGACGAGGACCAGGAGGAAAUGGCGCUUGAGCUCAUUCACUGCCCUGAUUACGACCUCCGGCCACAACAGCACUCCUACCUGAGAAGCACCGUCAUCCUCGUCCUGUCUCUGUUCAUGAUCUGCCUUAUGAUCGGCAUGGCCCACCUCCUGGUGGUCUACCGUGUGCUGGCUGCCGCCCUCUUCAAUUCCACCUUGCUCUUCCAAGAAGAGCAGGUGACCACAGCCGUGGUGGUGACCGGGGCCCUGGUCCACUACGUGGCCAUCCUCAUCAUGACCAAGGUCAACAAAUAUGUGGCUCUGAAGCUUUGUGACUUUGAGAAGCCCAGGACCUUCUCAGAGCGCGAGAGCAAGUUCACCAUCAAGUUCUUCACUCUGCAAUUCUUUGCUCACUUCUCGUCCCUCGUCUACAUUGCCUUCAUCCUGGGCAGGAUCAACGGUCACCCUGGGAGGUCUGUGCGCCUGGCGGGGCUGUGGAAGCUGGAGGAGUGCCAUCUCAGCGGCUGCAUGAUGGACCUGUUCCUGCAGAUGGCCAUCAUCAUGGGUCUGAAACAAACACUCAGCAACUGCAUGGAAUACCUGGGCCCGUGGCUGGCUCACAAAUGUCGCCUGAUGCGGUUCAAGCUGAGCCGCGCGACCGGGGACCCCGAGCUCAGGCGCUUACAGUGCAACUACCUCCUGAACCCAGUCAACACCUUCAGCCUUUUCGAUGAGUUCAUGGAGAUGAUGAUCCAGUAUGGCUUCACGACCAUCUUCGUGGCCGCCUUCCCACUCGCCCCCCUGCUCGCACUCUUCAGCAACCUUGUGGAGAUCCGCCUGGACGCCAUCAAGAUGGUCAGGCUGCAGCGGCGGCUGGUGCCCCGCAAGGCCAAGGACAUCGGGACCUGGCUGCAGGUGCUGGAGACCAUUGGCGUGCUGGCCGUCAUUGCCAAUGGAAUGGUCAUCGCCUUCACGUCUGAGUUCAUCCCCCGAGUGGUGUACAAGUACCGUUAUGGCCCGUGCCGACAGGGGGCCCAGCCUGCAGUCGACUGCCUCACAGGCUACAUCAACCACAGUCUGUCUGUGUUCUACACCAAGGACUUCCAGGACCCCAUCCAGAUAGAAGGCUCAGAGAAUGUGACUGAGUGCAGGUACCGGGACUACCGCAACGCUCAGGACUACAACUUAUCUGAGCAGUUCUGGGUCCUCCUGGCCAUCCGCCUGGUCUUCCUGAUCCUCUUCGAGCACGUGGCUUUGUGCAUCAAGCUCAUCGCUGCCUGGUUCAUGCCUGACGUUCCUCAGUCGGUAGAGAACAAGGUUCUGGAGGAGAAGUACCAGACGCUCCGGGAGAAGAUGUGGUAUGGGAGGCAGAGGCCAGGCUGGGGUAGGGCCAGGCCCCAGGCCUGA